AUGAAGAUUUCCAUUAUUCAUUUCGCCCUUCUCGGUCUCAGCUCUGCCCAUGGAGCCAUUGUGGACAGAGCACCCCCGACCCGGGCGCCAGGCCAGCAAAUCACCGACGCAAUCGUCGCCGGCAUCAGCAACUGGGGACCGGCCGGCUCGCUCAAGCCGCCUUCGAGCCCCAAGCCUCCUUUGAGGGUGAUGCCUGGCUCGCCCGUGCCGCCUCCCAAGAAAUACGAUCCCAACGUCAAGACCGGCGUGACGAGAAUACCCGGUUCGCCCCUCGGGCCGGCCAAGAAGUGCAAGCCGUGCUUGAAGAAGAGAGACAUCUGCUGCGACAGCGCCGGCAAGCCCAUCAAGGAGAGCAAGCCGACCAAGGGCGCUCCCGCUAAGGGCGGCAAGGGCGGCAAGGUGACGUACAAGGCCGGCCGCUUCGCCGUGCCCAAGUCCGCCGGCAAGGCCGCCGUCUUCAUGCUCGUCGCGCCCUACGCGCACCACGCGCUCGACUCGAUCAAGCGGUGGGACAACCCGAUCGGCUACGGCGUCAAGUGGUUCGACGACGCCAUGGCCAGCCUGCAGGAGGCCAUCGGCGGCCCGCAGCGCGACGACAUCUACGGCAACGAGCUCAAGUACAAGAUGACCAAGGCCAUCGGCAGCGCGCUGCAGCUCGGCUUCGAGACCGACUGGGACAGGAACGAGCGCCUCCGCGCCGAGGCCGCCGCCAAGGAAAAGGCCCGCCGCGAGGAGCAGGCCUUGGAGGAGAAGCGCAUCAAGGGCCUAGAGGAGCUCGCGGACACGUGCGAGAAGACGGCCAACUCCCAGCCGGAGGACCAGAAGCUGGCGGCGGACAUUCUGAAGAACUGCGAGCAGCUGGCGGCCGCGGUGAAGCGCGUGCAGGCCCAGGAGACGGCCAAGGCGAAGAAGACGGCCCCCAAGAAGAAGGCGGAGCCGAUUUACUGGUUCAUGGGGUGCAAGUGCAACAGAAAUAAGCUCCCCAACUAUGGGCAAAAGUGCGCCAACCAGUGCCGCGCCAUGCUCUCUCUGCUUGGGCCUUGA